AUAACAACCAAUACGCACUAAUGAGAGAGACUGUCACCAAUACUGUCAACCGAUUGAAGUUCAUAGAAUGAAGGAUUUUCUUGUGAAGAGUGGUGCUAUUUCCAUUUUUUGGAUAUUAUUGGCUGUUCUAGCAACCGCGAGAGCUGAAGACAGUUACUGCUUCCGGUUUACAUGGAUGGGACCCGCUUACAACAAUGGCAGCUACAUGAACAGCAGCACAACCUGUGCAGAUGUUUACGAUGCUUGCAGAGAUCCCAUGGUCAUCACCAAUGACAGCACGACUCCAAAUUUCACGUACAUAUGGACCAAUUUUCUCCGGGAACAGGUGUCGUGUCGGCUCAGUGCCGACUCAGUUUGUGCCAAGUGGACAAGAUAUUACGAAGACAAAGUGGAAUACACGAUGCACACCUGCUCCAAGAUUACUGUAGAGGGAGAGCCAGCCAUGACGUCAGGGUGUGUGACGUCAGUCACAAACAACAGUCGACGGACAGAAGUGUGUGCCUGCAAAUCUUUCCCCGGUAUGCAGCCCUGCAAUUCGGGACGCCAAUCGUACACUCCAGUAACAGUCCUAUUGCUGCUCAACGUAUUCUUCGUCACCCUGAAGUCUGUAACAUAGCAUUGCUUACUGCUGAUUGCCUGUAAUACUCCUACUAACCUGGACAUCGUGACUCAAGAUGAAUUCAGAAAAGAUUACAUCCAUUUUCAGCUUUUAAUUUAUAUAUUGCAUUUAUAGGAAACGGCAUAUAUUAGAAUAUAUCCGGCACUGUACAUGUAUCCUUUCUUUCUUUCUUAUUUUCUUUCAUCCCAAAUUUGUUUCUUUAUUCCUUUCUUCUGUCUCUACUCCAUUCUUCCGCAAUUUCUUUAUUGUCCAUUAUUUCUUACGUCAUUUCUCACAUUCUAUCAUCCUCCUCCCUCCGUUUACCCUCUGUCCUUUAAUUAAUCCCUUUCUGUUUUCUUAUUCCUUUCUUCUUAGUUCCUAUCAUCCUCCUGCCUUUUAUUCCUUUCAGUACAUCCCUCUCUCCUUCCCUUUCUUAUUUCGUUCUGCCUUAAUUUCUUAAUUUAUUACAUACUUUCUUCCUUCGCUCUUCUCUUCAUCCAAGAUUUCGUUAACUUCUUUUUAUCUUCCCCCUCUUCUCCUUUCUUUCUGUUUCUUUCGUUGUCCUAUUAUCCCAUCUUUCUACUUGUGUUUAUUUUUCUUCCUUCUAUGUUUGUUCUUUACUUUCUUUUUUCAUUCUUCUUUGUUUCCUUCCGUUUCGAUGUUUCUAUCUUCUUUUGUUAAUUCUUAACCGGGACACUUUCUCUUGUAGUAUCCUUGUAAGAUAUUGAAAGUGUAGCGAACGACACAACAGUUGGUACAUGAAUGUUUUGUGAAAUGUUACAGAGCAUGUAUCACUCUCAUGUGUUCCAUCAUAACAAAACUGAAGUUGAAAGUAAAUACCUACACUAGCCGUAUUAUUCUGAAAAAAAUUAGGAUUUGCGGGAAAAGCACUAUAUGUUGUUGGCGAAACUGACUACUGCUCCUUGCUUGAACUUCAAUGGUUUUGUACUGCUGUGUUUCACAUCCUAAUUCAUAAUAUUUUCUUCAAUGUAUAGUUUUUAAAACGAAAUAUUAUCUCUAUGUGAAAACGUAGGUUUACAUUCUUCUGGGAAACAGGAAAUCACUAAAUAUGUGGAAAAAUAAUAAAAGUCAAAUUUUCAAGACAGAAAAUGCCUACAAUAUAUUUUAUUUUUAUAGUUUGAAUAUUCUACCAUAAG